AUGACAAUAAAUCUCGGCUCGACAGGGAAGGGUGAUGCCUCCAGGCCCUCGUCCUCUGUUCUGGCGCGUCAGUCACUCACUCUGGACAGACCUAAAGCUAGGCUUGGCGAAGCAGAUAAAUACUGCUCAUCUGCUGAUUCUAGUUUCGUCCUGGAAGAAAGCGACUAUGGAGCUGAGCACAGCAAUUCAAACAUGAGUUGUAGUUUGCCCGAAUUUGAGGACGUAGUUGGGCUGGAGCAGAAACUAGAAGAGAUGUCCCCACAGAAGCAGAAGCAGUUUAUUUUCCUGCAUAGCAUCGUCAAUUCAUCGAGCGACGACUCUCACCUCGACUCUUCCGACGAGAUAGUGGGGGACUCAUCAAUGAUCCAACCAUUGAAGGAACUGUAUAACUUUAGGCUCUUGGAGAGGCCAAUUCCUUUGCCUGAACCGUCUAAUGAAGAGUAUGAUCCGAUAGAGGUGCAGCUGCGAUCAAUGCUAAUGGUUCCACGGCAGGUGUCAUAUUCAAUUCCCUUGGUGCUCAAGCAUCUAUUGUGUACAGAUGAUAAUUUGAUAGGCUUUGAAGAUAAUAUCACCCUGGAGAGGGUUGUAAGGAGAAAGCUUUUGGCUGACAUCAUCCCAAUGUGCUCGCAAGGUUCACGGACUUUCUUGCCUCUUGAGAUGGACUUUUCUCCUACUCACGCCGGCCAGGAAAACGUCAUCAAUAUAUCAAACUUCGUCCAAAAACUUGCAGAUAAAUUCCAGCCUAGAAUUAACAGCUUUUUCAAUACAAGAUUUCAGCUUUCCUAUACCUUUGAAGACGGAAAGUAUAAAAUAAUGUAUGGGAUAUUUGAGGACCACAGUUACUUCACAGAAAAGACAUGGAACUCGAACUACAUCGACCUUCACGUAUUUUCCAGAUAUCUUUCCAAAUUUUGCUUCUCCACAGCGGAAGUCGACGAUGAUAGCGGAAACAUGUCGAACUCCCAGUACGAAAGGGAAUGGAAAAGUUUUGUAACCAUGGGAGAUAUCUUCAAUCUUGUGGACUACUUGUUGAAGGGAAAAAGUAGUUUCAUUCAAAGCAAUAGUCACCUAUUGAAGCAUAUCAAGAAUGGAGGAAGCCUCAGAUCGGCCGCAGAGAAAUAUGACUUGUCAGUUCGAAUGAACAAACACAGAAUUUUGAGCAAUGUGAGGAAAUACAUCAAAGGCAAAAGAAUCAUGUCAGCCAAAAAUUUCCAAGCACUGUCGACUGAUGAUAACCCCGAUCGAGACUUCCACUGCGGACUUUUCGAUCAAGUGAUGGGCUAUUACAACGAUCUCGGGAUAAACGAUUUCCAGGAAAGUGACGGGAUGUACGUUAUCGAGCUAAGACAGUUCGAAGAUGUCAUCAGAAGCAUUGCUGAUAAGUACGUCUAUGAGAAAUACGUUCUCCCAGCCUCUUCGAGGACAGUAUGA